AUGUUCGGCAUUUCUCUGGCGCCUCUUCACUUGAGCGAUGACAAAUAUCAACAAGACUUUGACUCAGACUCAGACUCAGAAGCCAGUGAGGAGCCCCACAGGGAGAUGUCUGUGCCCGAGGUCUACCUGGAGGCCUGCAGGUUGGUGGGCGUGGUCCCGGUGUCUCACUUCCUACGGAACCUUUCGUCCUCCACCAUGACGCUCAGCCACCACGGACUGGGGCCACUUGGCUGCAAGGCCCUCGCUGUUGCUCUGGUGACUGAUAUGAACAUCAACACUCUGGAACUGGCUGACAACAACAUCCAGGCUGAGGGAGUGAAGCACCUGCUGGAGCUGUUGCGGGCCAACUUCACUCUUCAGAAUUUGGACCUGUCAGACAACCACCUGCGGUCAGAGGGAGCCGAGCAUGUUGCUAAGCUGCUGCUGGACAGUGUUUCCCUCAAAACUAUCAAACUUUCAGGAAACGGCUUUAUUGACGACGAUGCCAAACAUUUAGCAGAAGCCCUGAGUGUGAACUUCAGGGUGAAGGAGCUCGACCUGAGCCACAACAAGUUCUGUGGCAGAGGAGGGGAGCACCUGGGACAGCUGCUAGCAAACAAUGAAGGACUGGAGGUUCUGGACCUCAGCUGGAAUCACCUGCGGAUGAAAGGAGCGGUGGCUUUAAGUGCUGGACUCAAGGUGAACAUGACGUUGCGCCACCUGGACCUGUCCUGGAACGGUUUCGGAAACGAGGGGGCGCUGGCGAUGGGGGAGGCUCUGAAAUUCAACAGCUCUCUUGUUCACCUGAACCUCAACAACAACCGGCUCACCAACGAGGGAGUGGGCAUGCUGUGUCGCGGCCUGGAGUUCAACGACACCCUCCGAGUCCUGCUGCUGGCGUACAACUCGGUGACGGUAGAGGGCGCUCUGGCCCUUGUGAACCUGGUGAGGAACUCGUAUAGAACGGCCCUGGAGGAGAUAAACAUCUGUAACGUGAUGGUAAACGAGAACUUUGUCAAUCUUCUGGAGGAGACAUGUCAGGAGCACCCCAAUUUAGACGUCCAGUAUGGAGGCGUGGGUGGCUUCAUUGCCAAGAAACCACCAAAGCGGAUCGAUCCGAUGAAAGUCAUCCAGGACUACCUGGACGAAAGGAAGCUGCGACUGUGGGACUUCUUUCGCAACAUUGACAAGGACGGAACCAUGAGAGUCCCGGUGGGGGAGUUCAGGAGGGCGGUGCAGCAAUCCAGCAUUCCUUUGGAUCGCUUCCAGACUGAGGAGCUGAUUCAGAGACUGGACCGUGACGGGACGGGAUCGGUGGACUACAGGGGACUGGCAGACACCAGGAAGCAGAUGAUGAGGGACCACCGGCGCCAGCUGAAGAAGGCGGAGUCUCGGCAGAAGAAGGAAAAACAGAAGAGCGAUCGCAUCCUCAAGACCUUCCAGAGCGCUGUGGAGGCGGUGACCCCUCACGGUUCUGUGGUCAUGUCUCCAGGGGGCAGCAAAGAGAACUCCGGCGGCCCGCGACACUUCUCCGCCACCCCUCUGAGCUCCUGGCACCACAUUGUCAUGUCCGGUAGCGGGCGCUAUUCCAUCACCAACCUGAGCCACGAACACCUGCCGAGGUUGGGCAGCACCACGUCGUAUCGACCCACCAGCUCUCCCGCAGUGCGAUCGUACUCGCAGCCCGACCUGGACGACAUGGUGCGCUCCAGAAGAGGCAAGUCCAGCUCCGCCCUCGGUGCCAGGUCGGAUGUGGACCAUGACAACCUGAGCCCAACAGUGAACCCUCUGACCCGGUCCAGACCCGCCCUGAAUGACAAACAAGUGAAAGCGAAAACAAAGAAGACAAAGAGAGUUAAAAAGCGCCCAGAAAAAAAACGUAAAGACCCAGAGCAUUAA